CAACAACAAAGACAUACAUUAGCAUCGACAAAUCCGCUGCUUGCCCUCUUUUCCGCUGUAUUUCUGCUGUAUGUCUGCAUCUCACACGACCACCGUACCUUUCUCCCGGCUGUCCCCCACACUUCUUCGAGCACGCUCCUGAACCAGUCCCUGGAGCGUUGACCCCCGCCAUCCCACAUCCACUCCCUUCUUAAGACUUCCCAACGCCAGCCAACUUUUCGAUUCAGCCAUGACCAACUCGAACUCCAUGGCUACCCAAACUGCCAUGAGCACGCCUACUACCAGGACCAUCCAGAGCCGUCCACAGCCCGUCCUUCGUCUCUCCGGGCCUUCGGGAACCCUUCGCCUGCGGGCUGAGCCUGCCGAAGAGCGUCAUAUCCAAUGGGCAGAAGACGUCAUCGACAACGAAGGAAUGGGGAAGAAAUCCUCAAAGGUGUGCUGCAUCUACCACAAGCCGCGUGUUGUAGGUGAAUCAUCCGACGAUUCUUCCUCCGACUCGUCCUCAGACUCGGAUUCCGACAGCGAGCCCGACAAUAGCAUGGCACGUCCCGUCGGUGGCCGCCGUGGCGGAAAUCCCCGCGGCCGACGUCCUCAUCAACACGAUCAUGACGACAACCCUGAUGACGAGCCUGGCGAGGGGCCGUCUGAGAAGCCACAACAGCGGAGGCGACCACGGCGCAGGCCUAGCCCCAAUGCUUACGAGAAGAUGCCGACACGAAAGUAGCAAGCCAGUCCAUGAGGUAUUGCAUGGCGAUUUCACGAGGGUACGAUAGCGUUUCUAUCUGCAAAAUCAUAUCUCAAGCGAGGAGUUUGGGAGUUCAUCACCGCUUUCACACAACAUGACCUAUACACUGCAUUGUCGCUAGCAUAGCGCAUUGCGGACUGAGACGUCCCUCUUCACAUGAAGACUGUAUUUGGUGCCAGAGCAUAGACGCAUCAUAGCAUUGGACAACUUGAAAUGGUUCUAUAGGCGUGGCAUAGGUUUCAAUCACAUCAUACGUUAAAACUAUAGAUUGGGGAGAGAGUCUCUCCCCAGAACCAGCUAUCACUGCU